AUGAUUUUGAACAAGUUGGUUCGCGCCCAGGCAUCUGUGGCUGCUGCAAGACGUGCUGUUUUCAACACUCGUACCUUUAAAACCUCUGCUUCAGUUUUCGAAGAGCAAAAGCUUAACAAGUUUAGUGGAACGGUUACUGGGCCCAAGUCUCAAGGUGCUUCUCAAGCCAUGUUAUACGCUACCGGCCUGACCGAGACCGAUAUAGAAGAUCCUCAGGUUGGUAUUGCCAGCUGUUGGUACGAGGGUAACCCUUGUAAUAUGCAUUUAUUAGAUCUUGGCCGCAGAGUUAAAGAAGGUGUCAAAAAGGCUGGCCUUACUGGCUUUCAAUUUAAUACUAUUGGUGUAAGUGACGGUAUUUCCAUGGGUACCAGUGGUAUGCGUUAUAGUUUGCAAUCUCGUGAAAUUAUCGCCGAUUCUAUUGAAACUGUCAUGCAAGGUCAAUGGUACGAUGCCAACAUUUCCAUUCCAGGUUGUGACAAGAAUAUGCCUGGUUGCUUAAUUGCCAUGGGCCGUGUCAAUCGCCCUAGUAUCAUGGUAUACGGUGGUACCAUUCUCCCUGGUCAUUCUUCCUGCAUGAACAAUGCCCCCAUCGAUUUGGUUUCUGCUUUCCAAUCUUAUGGUCAGUUUAUCUCGGGUCAAAUCAACGAGGAAACUCGUCAUGAUAUCAUUCGUCACGCUUGCCCUGGAGGCGGUGCCUGUGGUGGUAUGUACACUGCUAAUACCAUCGCAAGCUGUGCCGAAGUCAUCGGUAUGACUUUGCCCGGUUCUUCAUCUUUCCCUGCUGGUACCCCUGAAAAGUUUGCUGAAUGUGAAGCUGCUGGCGAUGCCAUCAAGCGCCUUAUGGUUGAAGAUAUAAGACCGAGCGACAUUAUGACUCGAAAGGCAUUUGAAAAUGCCAUCGUAUUGACAAUGGCUUUGGGAGGUUCUACUAACGUUGUUUUACAUUUGAUUGCCAUUGCCAAGUCCGUAGGUAUUACUUUGACUUUGGACGAUUUCCAAGCUGUCAGCAACCGUACUCCUUUCAUCGCUGACAUGAAGCCUAGCGGUAAGUAUGUUAUGGCAGACUUGUUUAAGAUUGGUGGUAUCCCUGCCGUCCUUAAAUACCUUCAUGCUGAAGGUCUUAUUGAUGGUUCCACUAUGACUGUUACCGGUAAGACACUCGCUGAAAACUUGCGCGAGGCCAAGCCUUUGCAAGAAGGUCAAAAAAUUAUCAAACCUUUAAGUGCUCCUAUGAAGACUGAAGGUCACUUGCGAAUUCUCCGUGGCAGUUUGGCACCCGAAGGAUCCGUAGCAAAGAUCACUGGAAAAGAGGGAUUAGAAUUCCGUGGUAAGGCUCGUGUGUUCGAUGCCGAAGCUGAUUUUAUCAGCGCUUUGGAACGCGGUGAAUUCAAGAAGGGUGAAAAGACUGUAAUCGUUAUUCGUUUUGAAGGUCCUAAGGGUGGCCCUGGUAUGCCUGAAAUGUUGAAGCCUUCUAGUGCUAUCAUGGGUGCCGGACUCGGUAAGGACGUUGCCCUUUUGACUGACGGACGUUUCAGCGGUGGUUCUCACGGAUUUUUGAUCGGUCACGUCGAUCCCGAAGCUCAAGCUGGUGGCCCCAUUGCUCUCGUAAAAGACGGUGACAUUAUCGAAAUUAACGCCAUAAAAAACACUUUGAACUUGGUGGUUGACGAGCAAGAAAUGGCUUGUCGCCGUCAAGCUUGGAGAGCUCCUCCUUUCAAGUAUCAACAAGGCACUCUUUUGAAGUACUCUCGCAAUGUCAGUACUGCUUCCAAGGGUGCUAUUACUGACUCUCUGGAUUAA